ACGAACAAGGCGGGAAAGUUGGUUAUUCGUUCUGACCAAUCAAUCCACUCGUGUAGCAACGCUGCUGCGGAGUGUGUACAGUGCAGAGGGACGAGGAAGCGAACAUAUUAGUCUAUAAGAUAAACGACGAGUUAUUUUUUCCAAUUUUAUACCCAAGGAGGUACUUCAGCUCAAACCAAGAACGAUGACUGGCUCGAACGAGUACAAACUGAACCAGGGACCAGAGGACAGUAUCUCUGCUGUUAAGUUUAGCCCCAGUACAGGCCAGUUCCUUCUAGUGUCCUCUUGGGACUGUACUGUCCGGCUCUACGAUGUGGGAGGAAACUCCAUGAGGAUCAAAUAUUCACACCUGGCACCGGUGUUGGAUUGUGCUUUCUAUGACCCUACACAUGCCUGGAGCGGAGGAUUGGACACGCAGUUGAAAACCCACGACUUGAAUACAGAUCAAGAUACAAUAGUUGGGACACACGAUGCCCCCAUUCGCUGUGUGGAAUACUGUCCCGAGGUCAACGUCAUGGUAACGGGUAGCUGGGACAGGUCAGUCAGGCUGUGGGACCCCAGGACCCCCUGUAACGCUGGCACCUUCACACAGCCCGAAAAGGUGUACACCCUCUCUGUGGCUGGAGAACGGCUGAUAGUGGGGACAGCAGGGAGGAGGGUGUUGGUCUGGGACCUGAGGAAUAUGGGUUAUGUCCAGCAGAGGAGAGAGUCCAGUCUGAAAUACCAGACACGAGCCAUCAGGGCCUUCCCUAACAAACAGGUAAACCUCUAGUCUAGCUCAGUACCAGACACGAGGCAUCAGGGCCUUCCCUAACAAACAGGUAAACCUCUAGUCUAGCUCAGUACCAGACACGAGGCAUCAGGGCCUUCCCUAACAAACAGGUAAACCUCUAGUCUAGCUCAGUACCAGACACGAGGCAUCAGGGCCUUCCCUAACAAACAGGUAAACCUCUAGUCUAGCUCAGUACCAGACACGAGGCAUCAGGGCCUUCCCUAACAAACAGGUAAACCUCUAGUCUAGCUCAGUACCAGACACGAGCCAUCAGGGCCU